AUGCAUAUCUACAAACGACAUGCCAGGAAACUGGCCUGGUAUGACCAGGAGGGCGAACCGUCCUCAGUUAACCCGUUCAAGAAGUUUCGCAGACAGCCCCGACGCACCAACUCUAUCCAGCUGGAAAACCGACUCACCCCCGUCUUGUCCGAGGGCGGAGUACGCCUGUCCGAGGAGCGCCGCCGACGGAGAGACAUGACCGAUGGCCUGGUCGGCCCUGAGCACGCAGACAGCUUCCCUCCUCAGUCUGCUGGCACUGAUCUGGUUGGACGCGACAGCAAUGACAAAGUCGGCACCGACCCUUCCAUGCAUAGUCAAGUUCCAAUCAAUGUUCCGCGUCAGGACGAGCCCGAAGACCUGCAGGGUCCGCGAAAGAGAAGGACCUUCUUGAGCAACACCUUCAAGCCCGAAGAUGAUCAGUUGACUACUGAUUCGGGCAAGCCGAUGAAGAAGAAGCACAACUUCACCGUCAUGGGACAACUGAAGGCUACGAUCUUCAAUUCUUGGAUUAAUGUUUUGCUUCUGGCCGCGCCUGUUGGAAUUGCGUUGAAUUAUGUCAAUGGUGUUAGCCCAGUGGCUGUCUUUGUGGUUAAUUUUAUUGCGAUCAUUCCCCUUGCAGCCAUGUUGAGUUACGCGACAGAGGAGAUUGCCAUGCGCACGGGUGAGACAAUUGGAGGUCUGCUCAAUGCGUCAUUUGGUAACGCGGUCGAACUUAUUGUUGCCAUUAUCGCUCUGGUUGACAAUGAAGUCACCAUCGUCCAAACAUCUCUGAUCGGAAGUAUGCUCUCGAAUCUGCUUCUGGUCAUGGGCAUGUGCUUCUUCUUUGGUGGUAUCGACCGCCUGGAGCAGCACUUCAACCCCGUAGUUGCUCAGAUCGCCGCUAGUUUGCUAGCGUUGGCUGUGGGAAGUUUGAUCAUUCCCACGGCGUUCCACGCUUGGUCCGAUGCUGGCGAUACGGGCGUCGCACCCUUGUCACGAGGCACCAGUGUUAUCCUGCUAGUCGUUUACGGAUGUUAUCUGUUCUUCCAGCUCAAGUCGCACACAGAGAUCUACAACGCCCCCAGCCCCAAGGUAGAGAAGAGACGGCAAAAAAUCAACGAAGGUGAUGCCAGUCGUGGUAUCGCGCAGAUCGGCAAGAUGUCCGCCUCCAUGGCGGGUGAGCAUGCGCAGAACGUGAAAUUGCAGGAACCGGACGAUGAUGAAGAGGAAGAGCCUCAGCUGAGCGUUCUCGUCGCUGUCCUGACCCUCGUUAUCUCCACUGUUUUUGUUGCUCUGUGCGCUGAAUUUAUGGUUGACUCGAUCGACGCCCUCACCACCCAAGGACACAUCUCUGAGACCUUUGUCGGAUUGAUCCUUCUGCCUAUUGUGGGUAAUGCGGCCGAGCACGCCACCGCCGUGACUGUGGCAUGCAAGGAUAAGAUGGAUCUGGCCAUUGGUGUGGCGGUAGGAUCCAGCAUGCAGAUCGCGUUAUUGGUGCUUCCGUUGAUCAUCGUGAUUGGAUGGGGCAUGGAAGCAGGUAACGACGACAUGACUCUGUAUUUCGAUGCCUUCCAGGUUAUUCUCCUUUUUGUGGCUGUACUUUUGGUCAACUACCUCAUUGCCGACGGAAAGUCGCACUGGCUGGAGGGCGUAUUGUUAAUGAUGAUGUACCUCAUCAUAGCCGUGGCCGCCUGGUUCUACCCCUCCAAGACUGAGCCCAGCGCAUAGGGCAGCCUGCCAUAGUCAUACUAGUGGGAGCAGGAUGAAUAUUUUCUUCUUCGACGUGUAUAUUAUUGUCAUGAUCUCUUCAUUUCUUGGUUAUUUUAUUAUGUGAUGCCGGAUACCAACUGCAUGACUCGUCUUAUUUAGUUUGUCGAUAAAAAGUACUGCUGAUGGAAGAUACAAUGCAUUUUACUAAUGUCUAGCUGAUUCAAUAAUCGAUACUUCAUUAGUUGGGA